UUGAUGUGUGUGGUUGGCAACUCUGAGGCUCUGCCUUUUUCAUCUCUGUCUCUUCUCAUGUUUUCUCUUCUCUUCUUUUGCUUUGCUCCACUUAGAGAAUAAAUAUAAAAUAAAUAAUAGUGUUUAGUUGGAGGCAGAAGAUGGAGAGAAACUAAGAUUUGAGAAAUACUGAAUCGUGUUAUUGGUGAAGAAUACAGUUUCUGUAUCUUCCUUAACAUGGCAUCAAUAGCAGGACGAUCAUUUGGAGUCCCCAGCACUCGUAUCUCCAUAACUACCCCAACUCUGUCUUCCUCUUCUUUGUUUCCACCACUAACAUUGCAAUCAGGUAAUAAAAAGGACAACCAAUUGCGGUGUUCUGUGCAAGAAUCUUCAACUACUUCUGCUGUUGCUACCGAAAAGAAAGAAAAAGAAAAAGAAGAGUCAACUGUGGCGGUUCCGGCAAAGAAACUUAAACCCGCCGCUGCGAAAGCGGCUGCAGUUGCGAAACCGCUGAGACAGAUGAUGGAAGAAGACGUGAUUCCUCCUUUAAUAGCCAUUCUUGAAGCUCAAGAUGAUAUCUCUGAGUUAGAUUUAUCUUUUCAAGAAGAUACUAAGCUCGAAGGUUUUUUCUUGAAGAAAGGUAUUCCAUAUUCCUUUUGGGCCUUCUUCCCCACUGGAAACCUCACAGGAGCAAAAGGAUUUUCAAUUUCAUCUCACGGGUCAGGUCCAAGCACCGUGGAACCUUUUCUGGUCGACGAGAGGAAACCAACUGCAAACCACGUUGUGUUUUGGGUCGAGAAGCGCCUCGCUGCACAAGGGAUCAUUCCCGUUUGGGACCAAUGAGGUUUUUUAUUCACUUGUAACUACUACAUUUUGCAAAUAUUUGUAUACCAAAAAUUGAAGAAAACAUUAAACCCCUAUCUCUCUCUCUCAAAACUUGAUUAGGAAACAUCCUUCGUUUAUGCUA